CACCCUGUGGCUCAUACAGGGAGGAGGGGCCGCUCAGCGUUGCUAUAAAGGGUGGGUGUCAGUGUCACAGGGCAGAGCUCUGGGAGAGAGAAGAGGCCGGAGAGGAACCCUCACCCAGCGACAGGUAUAAGAAAUAGAGGAUGGAGAGACCACCCAAUAGAGCGGGUCACUCCUAUGCGGCUCAGCGACAGACAUACACAGCUCAGAGAAUGAACAGUAAGAGACUGAUGGCUCUGCAAGGCGGGAUCAUCGGCACUAAUGCCCCGGGUGGGCCCAGUAAGCGGGUGCGAGGGCUGGACUCCCCAGUGCUGGGAUUUGGGCACAAAACCACCAAUUUUUGGGGUGUGGAGGAGACUGGAAUCAGUUGCAGCAUUAUUUCUGUUUGCCCUUGGGAAGCAGGGAACGGUGCUGGACUACAACUCACUGCCUUAUUCGAUGCUCAGGGAAAUGGAGGUGAUAAUCAUUCAAGGCCCAGACAGGAUCCCAUUGGACACAGGAGAUCUUUAUCCUCAAAUAGGGUCCAUUAUGGAGAAGAGAAUUCAGUGUGUGCCAAAGGCAAGGAUUCUGUGUGGGGGUACAGCGGCUACUCAUACCGACCAUCCCCUCCUCCAGAUACAGGCGGUUUCUGGGAUCCUUGGAAGAGUUAUGAGUGGGGUCCGAGCUUCUUUCUCAGGAAAUGGGAAGCAGGAACAGAUUCAUCUGAAAAUGAGUUUAAUACAAACUCUGGGCCAACGAAGGAACCAUCAAGUGACCUCGAAACCACAGAGGGACCAAUUGCCACCGAGGCGGAACAGCUUCCCGGAGUCAGUUUACCUGCUGUUUCUGGCCCAUCCCAGCCCCUAAAGGUGCUCAUUGCAGGCCACUCCUGUGUCUCCAGGGCCUUCCAGAGGGCAACAGAGAGUGGAGAAGGUUCCCAGCUGGGAAUACCAGAGGAACACAUGACAAUAUCAUGGCUCGGUGAGGAGGGCUUGCUGUGGAAAGACUUGGGCAAGAUGCUGGAGACUAAGGAUAUAAGCCAACUAGACCUUCUUAUUAUUCACGCUGGUGGCAACGACCUGACUACAACGAAGACCGUUCAGCUGAUAAUCGACAUUAGGACUGACCUGCUUGAACUCAAAGAGAAGAAAAGACCUAAGGCUCUGGCUUGGUCAAACAUAUUACCAAGACCCACCUGGGAAGGUGCAGAGUCUCAAGCGGCCAUAGACCGGACACGCAAGAAGGUGAACAGAGCCGUCAGUAGGUUUAUGGAGUCCAAUGGAGACUUUGUGGUGACGCACAGCGACGUAACUAUCAAGUCUCCAGAGCUGUUCGGAGAGGACGGAAUCCAUUUAUCAGAUGCUGGACUGGACAUUUUUAAUGCUGACUUGAGAUCUUUCCUGACUGGGUGGAGGAAGGGACCACAUGGGCUAGCCCAGCCCCUAAAGGUGCUCAUUGCAGGCCACUCCUGUGUCUCCAGGGCCUUCAAGAGGGCAGCAGAGAGUGGAGAAGGUUCCCAGCUGGGAAUACCAGAGGAACACAUGACAAUAUCAUGGCUCGGUGAGGAGGGCUUGCUGUGGAAAGACCUUGGCAAGAUGCUGGAGACUAAGGAUAUAAGCCAACUAGACCUUCUUGUUAUUCACACUGGUGGCAACGACCUGACUACAACGAAGACUGUUCAGCUGAUAAUCGACAUUAGGACUGACCUGCUUGAAAUCAAAGAGAAAAAAAACCUUAAGGCUCUGGCUUGGUCAAAUUUAAUACCAAGACCAACCUGGGAAGGUGCAGAGUCUCAAGCGGCCAUAGACCGGACACGCAAGAAGGUGAACAGAGCCGUCAGUAGGUUCAUGGAGUCCAAUGGAGACUUUGUAGUGACGCACAGCGACUUAACCAUCAAGUCUCCUGAACUGUUCGGAGAGGACGGAACCCAUUUAUCAGAUGCUGGGCUGGAUAUUUUUAAUGCUGACUUGAGAAAUUUUCUAAUUCAGUGGAGGAGAUCCCAGAUAGGUGAGAUGGGCGAAUAGGAACGCUUGCCUACCCUAGUCUUUCUUUUUAAUGGCAGAGUUACAAAAUAAUGAAAAUUGUACUUAAUUGUAAGGUUUUGAGGUUUACUUCCCCUUUAAAUAAAAGUACAAUUUUACAGGCCUAGCUGGACACAGAGCAGGCACUGGCUGUACGGCUGGGCCUGGGAUCUGAGAGUAAGGGGGAUGAACGGUCAGUACCAACGAGGGCAGCACUGCUUUGGGGCAACUGUACUAUAAGAUGUAUGUAACAAUAAAUCAUGGACCGUUUUUACUACUCCA